CCACUUUUGUUGUAGUGCUAUUUCUAAUGACCACUCCGUGACACUUACAACUCGAUUACUUCAAUUAUUUCAAGAGAUAUAGUCCUUGACAGUAACAAUACCAUCCCAAAUUAUUUCAAUUCAGCCUCCUCACUCAUCCUCCUGCAAUCAAACACCAUGGAUCUGAGCAUACCUCAAUUCGGAGCCUCUUCCUCUUCAUCAUCUUCUUCCACCCAUUUGCUCACACACGAAGUCUUUCUGAGCUUCAGAGGUGCGGAUACGCGCAACAAUUUCACAGGCCAUUUGUACAGCAAUUUGGUUAACAAGGGAAUUAAGACCUUCAUGGAUAAUGACCUUACAAGAGGAGAAGAUAUAAGAAAGGAGCUUCUCGAUGUAAUUGAAGGAUCAAGGAUUUCCAUUGUUGUAUUUUCUGCAAACUAUGCAUCUUCAAAGUGGUGCUUGGAUGAACUUGUCAAGAUCUUUCAAUGUAAAGAAUCCAAGCAACAAAUUGUUUACCCAAUUUUCUACAAGGUAGAUCCUUCGAAGAUACGAUACCAGAAGGGCCAGGUUGGUGAGGCAAUUGCACACCUUAGCAAAUACAAGGAUAACUCAGAGAAGGUGGAGAGUUGGAAGGCAGCUCUUACACAAGCAGCAACUUUGUCUGGGUGGCACAUCUUGGAUGAAGGGCAUGAAGCGAAUGUCAUUGAUGAAAUUGUUAAAGAGAUAUCAACCAAAAUAAUGAAAUACACCCCUUUAAAUGUGGCAACAUAUCCUGUUGGAAUAGAAUCUCGUGUAGAAGACAUACUUAAACUCUUAAAUGUUGCGGAAGACGAUCCUCACAUGAUAGGGAUAUGGGGAAUUGGUGGAAUAGGAAAGACAACACUUGCAAAAGCUGUUUAUAAUUCAAUUAGGCAUAAGUUUGAACAUAGCUGCUUCCUGGCAAAUGUUAGAGAAGAAUCAUUUUCACAUGGAGGUCUUCUGAAGCUACAAAACAAUUUUCUUUCUAAGAUUAUAGAGAGAAAUCCACCUAAUGUGACCAAUGUGGAUGAAGGAAUCACUCUGCUGAAGCAAAAACUAAGCCAGAAAAGGGUUCUCUUAGUUCUUGAUGAUGUGGACCGCUUGGAUCAAUUAAAAAAACUUGCUGGAGGGUGUGAUUGGUUUGGUCCAAGAAGUAGAAUUAUUAUAACAACAAGAGAAAUGAAUUGCCUAAGGGCUCAUAACAUCAAUCCAAUAUAUGAGGCCAAGGAAUUAAAUGAUCAAGAAGCUUUAGAGCUCUUCAAUUUCCAUGCCUUCAAAGGAAAUAUACGUAUGGAUGAUUUCUUUAACCUUUUAAAUGGUGUAAUACGUUAUGCUAAAGGGAUUCCGUUAGCUUUGGAAGUUUUGGGAUCAGAUCUAUGUAGUAAAAAUAAGGAUGAGUGGAAAGAUGCAUUAGAGUAUUACAACAAAUAUCCUAACCAAGAGAUUCAACAAGCUCUCAAAAGAAGUUAUGAUGCAUUGGAGGAUCGGAUGAAGGAAGUUUUUCUUCAUAUUGCAUGUUUCUUUAAAGGUCAUGAACAAAGGUAUGUGAUAAAUGUCCUACAAAGCUGUGACCUCAAUCCUAUGUAUAGUCUCAAAGUCCUCGUAGAAAAGGCCUUAAUAAAAAUUGAGAAAGGCAAUAAUAUUUGGUUGCAUGACCUUCUAGAAGACAUGGGAAAAGAAAUUGUUCGACAAGAGUCUCCUGAUGAGAAAGGACAACGCAGCAGACUGUGGCUAUAUGAGGAUAUUCGCGAAGUCUUUGAGGAAAACAAAGGAACGGAUAAAAUUAAAGGCAUUGUGUUGAGAUUGAGAAGAGAUUACUACGACAACCACUAUUCACAAGAGAUAUGGUUGAACGGCGGAAGCUUCACAAACUUGAAAAAUCUUCAAAUUUUUAUAGUCGAUUAUUGGAUACUUCGUAGACAGAGCUCCUAUUAUAUCCCCGACCAGCUGAAAAUACUUCAUGGAGAAAGCGUGGAUUAUCUCCCCAACCAGUUGAGGGUCCUUGACUGGAAGGAUUGUUUAUUACGAUCGUUGCCAACAAAUUUUAAUCCUAGAAAACUCGGCAUGUUGCACAUGGGUGGGCCUUGCACGACCCUACUAGUGAACAAGGGAUUGAAGAAUCUGCGAUAUUUGAAAUCUAUCAAUUUGUCAUUCUGUUGUGGUCUAACAAGAAUUCCUGACUUGUCUGGAUUAACAAGCUUGGAGUAUUUGGAGCUGUCUGAUUGUAAGGAUUUAGUUGAAGUUCAUCCUUCGGUUGGUCGUCUCGAUAAGCUCGUCAGUUUGGAACUCACCUAUUGUGAAAAGCUUCAGGUGUUUCAAGAGAGGAUCAACUUGAAAUCUUUGGAAACUCUGAAUCUCUCUUGUUGCCAGCUUAAGUUCUUCCCUGAAAUCGAGGGAGACAUGAAGUCUUUGAAUCGCCUGGAUCUAAGUUGGAAUCGUGCCAUUAGAGAGUUACCUUGCUCAGUUGGAAAUCUCACUGGCCUUAAAUUCUUGUCUCUACAGUGCUGUAGAAAUCUUAAAAAUGUACCAUCGAGCAUUUUCUAUGGAUUGCAACGUCUGGAGGAGCUUCAUCUACAGCGCUGCUCUUACCUUGUUACAUUUCCAACAAAGUCAAAAUCACUUCCUCCACCGGUCUUUUCAAAUAAUCUCACGAGAUUACAAGUUUAUCUGGACAAUUGCAAGCGGCUUGUAGAAAUUUCAGAAUUUCCACGAGAAAUAGAUUUCUUAUCUGUGUGGGGUUGUGAGUCGUUGGAAAGAAUUUCAAAGUUGUCAAAAAUUUUGGAGGGUAAAGAUUCAAAAAUGUUCGGUGAGUUGGACAUGACUAACUCCGACACACUCUGCGACAAUCUGGCUCGUGGAGUAGUAUCAGAGGUUCAUGUGGCCAAGAAGAGAAAGAAAAUGACAUCAUCACCGUUUGCGGGAACCAAAGAAUUGAUGGGAGAGGCAGAGAACUUGACGGCUCUGUUGACUCUUUUUUUCUCUUGUCCGAAAUCUGAAGAAUUUCAAGUAACAUUUCCAGCACGUGCUCCGCUUCCAAACUGGUUCACCUACCGUCAGGAAGUGAUAAAUAAAGAGCAUGAGUUUUGCAUUGAAAUUCCUCAAAACUCCAAUUGGGACAACAAAGGGUUGGCUCUCUGUAUUCAAUCGUGCUUUAUUGAGGGCACUCAUUUUGUUUACAUCAAUGGAAUAAAGUUUGAUGAGAAACAAAUGUCUGGGGCUAAAGUGUGGGUGCAUUAUAUUCCAUUCGUUACAGUACUAAGGAGGUUCAUCAGUGAGUGUGGGAUGCCGCCACCUGAUAUGUUUCGAGUUAUGUUUCGUUUUGAAACUAAUUUUAUUUUCGGCAGAAUGCCUUUGGCGGGAAGCUGGGGAGUCCACCUGAUCAAAGGCCGAUGAUAGUCUUUCAAAAUGCAUUCUGUUGUCCAAGUAUAUGCUGAUUCUGCUGCCACUGAGGAUGACAUUCACAUACCCAAGUUACAAUACACUUACCUCGGAAGAACUACUCCUUUGAAAACAUGAUGCUCGAUCAUCAUCAUACAAUGUUAAGGAGUGAUCAAUUUAGAGGAAAUGAACGAGUGAGUCUUUGGAAUCAAACCUCUAGAGCAUGAUCAAUGGAGUUGAUAAGACCUACUUCGAGGGUAUCUAUGUCUGAAUUCCUUGUCUGUUCCAGAGCAGUAAACACGCACACAUUGAUCGAUAUUUCAGAAAUAAAUGGAGAGGUAAAAAUCCUUAUGCAAUGUCUGUAUUAAGUUGAGUUGCGAAGGAACUCGAUGCUCCAGAUAUGGCUGAUACAAUAGAGCAAGUGGAUUAUGUACUUCAUUAGCAAGCAAGGUUGGACAUAUAUACCAUGGAUUUCAUUCAGUUUUUCCAUGCAUAGUCAGACACACCUCAAGAGGGUUUGGUCUCUUUGCAGCUUUGGUAGCAUAGUGAAUUCCGGUCCUCUUUUCUAGUCAAUUGUCACUAUCCCAUUCGCGAGUGUAAUGGAUUCUGUUUCACAAGUGUACUUCCAAUGUGAGUGCACAGUUGGUCUUUGUUCUGUUUAUCUUUAAAAGUAAUACUCGGAAAGAAAAGUUUUCCAACUAAGGGCAGCCUUUGUUCAACCAGGUUUUCCAGAAAUUAGUUCAGCACGCUUUUCGCCUGUUUUCAUUUUCUUUCAGUACAGGAAGUAAUGUUUGUGAGUUAAUUUACCUUUGUUACUGUGAAGUUCUUGAUGAAUAAUCUGAUUAAGAUGUGAGGAAAACAGCAAUUUGGGCCUCUUAAGAAUAAGACAAUACAUGCUUGUUGAGGAGGACACUGAUAAAGAAGAGUUGCAGGCGGGUGGAAGCAUUUCACCAAGAGCUUAUAUUGGAACAGCAUGGUGAUCGAUCAACAUAUAUAAGAUGCUGAGGUGAACUAUAUAUUCCCUUUGAAUUAACAAUUAGAGAUGGUUUAUGAGUUGCUAUCAUCUGAUUAAUUAUGACUAAAUUCUUAUCUUUAUCUAAGCUGGUACAGAUUUUUAAGGGCCCAACAAGUGUGGGAUGAUAUGCUCAACUUGAGGAAGGAAUUUUUCUGUUCAACUGUGACAGACUGAUCUAAUCAGUGGGAUGCCAAACUGAUCGAUUGAGAUUUAAUUAGUUUAGUACUGGGUUCUACUCUACACUCAUCCUUAGAACUCUUGAUAUUUGACUAGUUGAAAAUCUGCAAUGUUGUCGUCUUAAGGCAAACUAAGAUGAAUCUAGAGAUCUGGUCGAGACAAUAAUGGGUCACUGAGUUUAGUUUACUUCUUUUUCUAGGAGCUACCAGUGCAGACAAUCUUUGCAAUAUGUAUUAAAGGUUGGUCUUAUGGAAUUUGAAUCUUUAAAGGUGAUGUCUCCUAAUUACAUGCGCACAAUGAUCUAUGUAGAAUGCACUGUAAAGUGCCUUCAAGAAGAUUUUGGAUUCUUGGUAGCAGCCUUGCAUGGUGUAUUACAUCCCUACUUUUCCAGUCAAUUCUCAGCAUUACCAGAAGCAGUCUGGAAAUGCCAACAUGGAUUCUGCAUCGUACAUCUGCAUACCAAUGCAAUCAGUUUGAUUUUGCACAGCUCGUGUCUUAGAGAGACCAUGAUCCUACCUCUGCAGUAGGGAUUACGAAAUCUACACGACUACUUUAAGUACUCAAUACAGCCAAAACCUCCAACACAAAUUGUCCCAACUGGUGCAAGGUUAACAAUUGACGAGUGUUGCAGCUCUAUCUCUGGAAGAAUUGGUGCAGGAGAAUAUUAUGAUGGAGUUUAGCAACUGGAUCAAAGGUUUUUCUAUAAGCCUUGCUUUUGGUACAAUCAUGAAUGCUGAAGUCUGGGGUUUAUUCAAGGGUCUUCUUAUUCCAGCUUAGUUAAUCUGCAAAGAGCCUAUUCUCUGACACUAGCUGGGACAUCUCAGUGACUCAUGUCUAGCUACAAGGAAGUUAAUGAAACAGCAGAUAACUUGCCAAGCUCGAUCAUCCUUAGCCAUUGAUUUGGAAGUUUUGGCUAAAGAAGUCUUUAUGGAUUUGUGAAGACUGGGGUUGUGCAAUAUUGCAAAUGCAGUGCUAGUUUCUUUCGCGCUUAGGUGCUAGACUUCAAAAAGAAAGAAAAAAGAGGGAAUUGCACCCUAUGUAGUUGAAUUUCAGAUGCUUACGCUUUGUGUGCCCCAUGAACCUUUUUUGAUAUGGGAAACUGAUUUCUUUCUCUUCCUUCAAAAUUUUUAGUUGUACA